AUGCUGAAUAUUUUCUCUCGAACACCCAGGAUGGCUCAGACUGGGAGUCCUUCGGGUUUGCCUGCAGACAAGAAUGUCUCUUUGAGUGUCACUCGAGUGAUAGUGAAGACACCUGACAGGCAAGAAGACUUUAUGAUAGCUGAUGACACCUCAGUGAAGCAGUUCAAGGAGAAACUAUCGGCUUACUUUAAAUGCCAAAUGGACCAACUAGUGCUGGUCUUCAUGGGCCGUCUUCUCAAAGACCAUGACACAUUGAGUCAGAAGGGCAUCCUGGAUGGCCACACCAUCCACUUGGUCAUCAGGUCCAAACAGGGCUCUAGAUCUCUGGCCCAUUCCUCCCAGAACCAGCCAACCAGUGGGCCAUGCUACCAGGACAGAAACACUGAAGGAAACAGCAGUGGGCUAUACCAACCUGCUGGUGUGAGUCAUACCCCAGUGGAAUCAGCCCCCUUCGUGCAGCCUGAUGCACCCCAAGUGCAUACCCAGCACCUAGAAGUGGAUAGUCCAGAGCACAUAGCACAGAUGCUGGAGAAUCCUAGCAUCCAGCAACUUCUGUCCAACACAGACCUCAUGAGACAGGUAAUCUCAGAACACCCAGACAUGCAACAAUUGAUGCAGCAGAACCCAGAAGUCUCACACAGCCUUGACAAUUUUGAGAUUCUAUGGCAGAUGCUGGAGCUGGCCAGGAACCUUGCCACGAUUCAAGAGAUCAUGCAGAUCCAGCAGCCUGCACCAAAUCUCGAGCAUCCAUUGAAUCCACCAUCACACCUGGGAGGAGAGACAAUCCCAGGUGGGGAUAGUAUCAUGAGCCAGAGCUAUGCUGAUUCCAAUAACCAGAUGCUCAACAGCUCACAAGAUCUCUUUAAGGGCAACCUUUUCACAGCUCUCCUGGGAGAACAAGUGCCGGAACAAGUUCAGUUUUCACCCCCAUCUCCAUCAUCACCCCAGGAAAAGCAGGACCAGUCCCCACAGCUCCCUACAACCCGAAUCAUCUAUACCAGUUCUUGCGGUUUAUCUUCAAUCACCUCAGCCAAUGCUACCUCCCAAAAGCUGAACCAUACUUCUAGGGCCAAUACUGCCGCUAAUUCCAUCCAGCAGCCAGCUGAGGUUCCAGCCUUACCUAGCAUAGAGCUCACUCAGCAGCCCCAAGGAGAAGACAAAGAUGCUACCGUCUCUGUAGAUAGCUCUGAUGUGAGGUUAGAGGAUGAUCUCCAGCUGUCAGAUGAGCAUAUUAGUUCCCAGAUCACAGAGAGCAUAAUGCAGUUGCUUUUGAACAACCCCUACCUGGCAGCCCAGAUGAUGUUCAUGAGUAUGCCCCAGCUGAGUGAACAGUGGAAGCAGCAGCUGCCAACCUUCCUGCAGCAGACCCAGCUUUCUGAUGUGCUUAUAGCCCUAGCCAAUCCUAAGGCAUCACAAGCAAUAUUGAAGAUUGAACAGGGUCUGCAGCUGCUGGCCACUGAGGCUCCUGUACUUCUGCCCUGGGUUGCACCUUACCUCUGGGGUCUGGGCUGGCUUCCUGCCCCCAGCUGCAGCUACCCUGACACAGUGUCCUGGGCCUGGGAUGUGUCAGAUACGGCUGAGCCCAAAGGGCCUGAGUGCUGCCACAAAUCUGGAGCCGUCCUGCAGAGGCUACAGUCCCUAGCUGGAGAGCCUUCUCAUCUUCUGCAAGCCCCUGAGGUUCAUUUUAGCAAGCAAAUGGAAUCUCUUCAGGCCAUGGGGUUUGAAGACCACCAUGCCAAUCUGCAGGCACUCAUUGCCACCAAGGGGGACACCAACGCUGCUAUUCUUAAGCUCAAGAGAUCCCAGGGGUUCUAA